AUGGAUAUCAAUCUAAUGCAAGCAGCUUUGAGAGAAAGCCUUAAUAUUAAUGAUAAGCAACAAGAAGAAGAAAAAUUAAAUAAUAAUAAUUCACCUACGCAAGACAUUUUAUCUUAUGGAGAUUUUGAAAAUCUAAAGAAAGACAAUGAUCUGAACUUCUCAAAAAUUAGAAAAAAACAAAAUUCUUUGCCAAAGUUGAAAGACGGUAUAAAAACAGAUAUUUUUAGCUUAUUAGCACAAUAUUCAAACUCAACCAAUAUCAAUGUAAAUAUCCCAGCAUCACUUGUUAAAAUCGCCAAUAUUGAUACUCCAUUCUUAGUUCAGACCAAGAAAAAUGGACAAGUUAUAUCCAGGCCCUGCCAACUCAGCGAAUAUUUAAAUUUAUUCGCAAAAAAAAAUUUGGAAGAAGGGCCAUUAUACAUUUAUAAAGGUCCUGAAAAAAAGACAGUUCCUAUUUACUCAAAAGAAGGUGCAGAAUCUUCUUUCGAUUCAAAUCAAGAGAAUUCGUGUUUACAAAAUUACAUAAAAUGUAAUUCAAGCCAAAUAUCUGUAAUAAGAGUUUUAUGAAAAUUUAAUAGAAAAUGCAAAUAUUUUACCAUAGUCAACAGGAAAAAAAUUUGCAAAAAAUCAAGAGAAGCUUCUAAAUCGCCUCAGAAUAGUAGUUUCAACAUUAAAGCCAAGUACGGACUCCCUGCAAACAAUUUUCGGUAUGCAAGCAUGAUUAUGCAAACUUCAAAAUCAAUUAAUAAUCCUUGCAAGGUUUCUCCUGUAUCCUCUCCUGAAAGAAUGACAUCUAAACUCUCUGAUUCAUUAUCAACCUCCAAACUUCUAAAAGUUCCAGUCGGUGAUAAUACCCCUAUUCGUAGUUGUGAAGAAAAUAAUCAAGAUUAUGUUUUAAAUACUGAAAGCUCUGAUGAUGUCCUAAUUGUCCAAAAUUUCAUAAGGCAUCCCACAAUUGAAGCAAUGAUGAUUGAAAUUGCAUCGUUUUUAAAUAAAACUAUUUAUAAAGAUGAAAGAGUCAAAGGAAUCAGAGCUGAUUUCAUGCGAGAUUCUGAAAAAAAGUGGGUUUUGAUUGGUUGCAAAGAAGUGACCACAAAUUACCAAACACCUAAUGCAUCAAUAAGAGCCAUAAAAAAUUCAAGAAGAAGUUCAUCUAGUUUGAGUAAAAGCUCAUUUCCAUCCAAUAAGGAAAUUAGCAUGCAAAGAGAAAAAGCGAACAUAGAAAUUAGGAUAGAAAAAGAGCCUGAAGAGAAAAAAGAAUUAGAAAUGAUUCAUGAGCUGCCAUUUAAAAUUCGAAAUACCCAAAAACAUCAAAGAGAUUACACAUUAAAUACAGAAGAAGCUUUCCUUGAAAAAUGAACAAAAAUUAAUGCGAAACUUGAGCGUGUUAUGAAUUUGAAUUCGCCUUCUAUUGGAAGUCCUAAGAAUAUUUGUUUAAGUGGCCCAGAUAUCCGCAGCUAUCAAUUGUCUUCCCAUCUUUCAAAAUUUCAUCUUCCUCAUUUAAAUCACGAGGCUAGUGAUUCUUCUAACUCCCCCCUCUGUGAGUGAACAAAACCAUUUGUAAAAUCAUCUUUUUUGCCUAAAAGCCCACCCUCCGAGUGAACAAAAAUUUUUUUAAAAGAAAAAAAAUUUUUUAUAUAUAAGUGAUAAUUAUUAUAAUGAAAUCUCGAACUAAUUCUGUUUAAUUUUAAACAAAUUGCGUUUUAAAACAUAAAUUUUAUAAAUUAAAUUAAUAUUUGCUUCUCAAUUUUUGCAAAUUAGGAAUUUUUUAAAAUUUAUAUUUAAAAUUUUUAAAAAAAAAUAAACCCCUUUCGUGAGUGAACACAAUUUUUGUUCACUCAUGGAAGGGAGGAGUAAAAGCAUUCAAUGCUCUUAUUUGAGGCAUAGGGCAAGCAGCGACUCAAUUAAUUUAGCAAACAGCUGUACUACUUCUGAUGUGAGUCGAAAGCUUAUUCUAGAUGCUGUUACUAAAAUAGAUGAAAUGAAGAUGAAUACUGAGCUUGCAAAGGUGAAGAGCCAAAAUUUGGUCAAAAAGUAUGGUGGAGAUGAAUUUUGGACAGAAUUCAUAAAAUCACUGUAUCGGAAAAUAAUGGGGAAUAAUGAUUUGUGCAAGCAUUUCUCAAACUCUGAUUUGAGGAUGAUAAUAUGUGGAAUGUGCCAAAUCUUUAAUGGCAAUGCAACUUUUGAAUUUAGAAGAAGUGUAAAAAAAUCUCAUGAAAACAGGAAUAUUUAUGGAUGGGAAUUUGAUAUAUACUCUGAGCUGUUUCAGAACACCUUAAAUGAGUUUGAAAUUGAGGAAGAAGAUAAACAAAUUAUGAUGAAGCAAAUGACCUCAAUGAAAUGCUUGAUUUGCAAAUAUUAA